AUUUUUAACGUAACAUUUUAGGUUUACAGUCAUGGGUGCCGGUGGUGACAUUGAAAAGGGAAAGAAGCUCUUUGUUCAAAAGUGUUCGCAGUGCCAUACCGUUAAGGCCGGUGCUAAGCAUAAAGUUGGUCCCAACCUUAACGGUUUAUUUGGCAGAAAAAGUGGUCAAGCUGUGGGGUAUUCGUACACAGCAGCCAACAUAGCUAAAGGAGUUACCUGGAAUAAAGAUACUCUGUUUGAGUAUCUGGAAAAUCCAAAGAAAUAUAUCCCAGGGACAAAAAUGGUCUUCGCUGGUCUGAAGAAGCCACAAGAGCGAGAAGAUAUUAUUGCUUAUUUGGAAUCGGCUUGCAAAUAAAUUUAACAGAAUAUAUUCUAUUUCUCAAGGAGGCUAAACCGGAGAAAUAGGAAUAUUAGUACAAUUACCACACAUCUUGUUUCAGCUGUUAAUAAAUCAAGGAUUUUAUCAAACUUUCCUUAUGAAACUUGCAUUGUUUCAGAAUGAAACAUCGAGUGAAAAAUGUUAAUAUUAUUAAUAAGUAGUCCAAAUAAUUGUGAAAAAUGUACAUUGACAUGGUGCUGAUAAUCUAACAGCUAUGUAUUAAUUAUUUUGUUCGGAAUCAUUGUCGUGUUCAUGAUUCAAUUUUUAUUAGAGGCAAAACCAUUACACCUAUUAUAUUUAUUUAUUGUCUUACCAGUGACUUCAGUCAUGUUGAUUGAUCAAUUUUAUGUGUGUUUUGCGAAAAUAUCAAUUUGAUAAAUGAAUUAUGAAUAAAACAUCUAUUACCUAUUCCUUUA